AUCAGGAGAUAAUGUUAGAGAAAACUUGCCUAGAAGAAAAACUUGACCAACAGUGCAGUAGUGUGGAUAACAUCAAGCACACCAAUGUUGACAUUUUUAAAAAUGAAUCAAAUAGUGCUGUUGCUUCUGUACCUCCGAAACAUUCUAUUAGGGCUAGAAAACCUUCUUUGCAUUUCUUACAUUCAUUUGCAUCUUCUGGCUCACUUACUUACAAAAAUGCUCUCCGUCAUAAAUCAUGUAAACUCCAUUUGCGUAAAUGCAAAAAUCCAAAGAAAAAAUACAGGCAGUCAAGUUUUAGACUAGCUUCCAAAGGUAUCCCAGGAUCUAGAUGUUCAAAGAAAGCAAAAAAAUAUUUGGAAGAUAAAAAAUUAAUGCCAGUUUCUGAAGUGUCCUUAAACCCUGUAAUUUCAUCCAACUCUUUACUAAGGUGGUGGGCUACUUCUGCUUCAAAUGAUUCCUUGUUAGAGGAAUUAAACAAUAGAUUUGAACAAAUAACAAAUGCGUGGGUACAGGUGAGUAGAGAUGAAGCUCAAAAUUUUGUUCAUAAAACAGAACACACUAAAGGUGAUCAUUUCAAAGCAGCAAGCCCUUUGGAAACUUGUCUUCUAAAACUUGAAGUUUCACCCGUAAAAAUGCUUUUUCAGAAAAAGUAUAAUUUGAAUGAACUUUGUACCUGGUUUAUGCAAACAACAGAAACACAGUCCCUUUCACUAGUUAGAAAAGCAAAUGCUCGAAACCCUUUUGAAGUGAUAAGCACCAAGGGCAUUAAGUUAGGGGUGAAAUGCUGUGGAUUUAAUGCCACCCCCUUCAGAAAGCACUUUAAAAAAUUUGCAGUCUCUUCUCCUUCAAAACCAACUGGGAAAUUUCAUAUACUACAUAAAAUGGUUGGCUCACCACUCUUAAAUGUGAAAAGUAAUUUAACAUUAGGGAGGUUGAGAAGGACUGAGUUUAAGAGUUUGCACUGUGAAAGGUGGAGAAGAGAGGAAAGGCCAUACAGCCACAGAACAGUUGAUUGGAGCUCAAAAAGAAGGAACUUAAGAUGGUUCUGCCAGAAUCAAUCUUGGACUAACACGGAGGGGCAGACAAAUGCAGAGACAUCACUCAGUGGAAAAAGCACAGUAGGUAACCAAUGGGCUUCGCCCCCGGAAACCAGAGUCACCUUUGCUAAAAGGAGGGUGGCAGUACAUGACUUCAGAACACAUGCUAGUUUAAAGAGUAAAUUUAAGUCAGAAGCAAAGGAGAAUGGAACAGGGUGUGGCCAGAUUGACUCUGAAAAGGAUCAAACACUAGAAAGUAUAUCUUCCCAUAAUUGGAGUUCAAAAACUUUAAAAGACUGUAGAAUAUUCUUGAGGAAGAUCAACUGUCUUGAACACAGAAAUACUUUAAAGCUAAAUACAAUAAUUUAUUCUCCUGAGUCUAUUGACAGUGGAGGUAAUCAGGCACAACCAGAAGAAUCAAAGCGUUUUAGUUUAAGGUCCCAUUCCGCAAGGCAAAAUUCCCUUAAAAAGCAAAGUGAAGAAAGAGAAAAUCCCAAAGCAAAUAGUCCUGCAAGUGACAGACUGACUGAUGAACUCGACAGCAGUCAGUUAAGUAAGCAUGUUAGCUUUGACAAGAAUCCCAGUAAUGCUGAGGCUCUUAGUCAAUUAAGCAAAAGAAAAAGACCACCAUGGAAGACCACAGAAAUGUCAGCAAAAAGAUAUAAGCGACAAUCUUGCAACAGUGGACAAAUGGCAAACUAUUGUACAAAAUCCCAAGUAGACCAUAAACAGUUUCUUCACUGACUCUGAUCAUCCUGGCAUUACAACACCACCACCACCGCCCAAAAAAAGCCAAAACAUGGCCCUGUCCCUGAGUUGGAGACAUAGCAGGGACCAUCAAUAUUGAAUG